AUGGAGCCAGAGAAGGUCUCGUUGUGGCAGAGCUCCUCAACGCCGCCCCUGCGGCGGGCCAACAGGACCCUCCUAGUACGGCACUUACCAGCUGAACUGACAGCCGAGGAGAAGGGGCAUUUCCUGAAGUACUUCGGUGCCCAGGCUGUGCGCGUCCAAACCAACAAAGGCCGCUUGAAACACACUGCUUUUGCUACUUUCCCUAAUGAAAACGCAGCGAUAAAGGCUUUAUUAAGACUUCAUCAGCUAAACUUUUUAGGUCACACUUUAGUUGUUGAAUUUGCAAAGGAACAAGACCAGGCUUCCUCCCUCUGUCAUACUUCAUAUUCAGGGGAAAAGAAAAGGUCUGAUGAACCUAUGGAAGAAGAUCAAGAAGAAAAAGAGCCAAGUUGCUUGACCAUAGAGAAUGGAAUUGCACCAAACCACGGACUAACUUUUCCUUUAAAUCCGUGCCUCAAAUACCUAUAUCCACCACCUUCGAGCACAAUUCUAACCAACAUAGCAAAUGCCUUGGCAAGUGUGCCCAAGUUCUAUGUACAGGUGCUUCAUCUUAUGAAUAAAAUGAACUUACCCGCACCUUUUGGACCAAUUACUGCCCGACCUCCCACAUAUGAGGAGUAUACGCCAGUGCACAUACCUCUUCCCCCUGUACCUCCUUUACUACCUGAAAAGCCUCCUGUGCCAGAAGAAGGGGAAGGAUCUAGUGGAGAAGAAUCAGAAUAUGAGAGUGGUGAUGAUGAAGCCAGUGAAAGGACAAGGAAACUGAUGGAAUUAGCUAAUUUUCAAGCCAAAAAACCAAUGACCUCAAAGCAACGCCAUGUAAGGAAAAGGCAAAAGAUAAAAGAGGUGUGGAAUAUGUCUGCAUCUACUUCACAAAGUAAUUUACACCCUGUGCUGUUGCCUUCAGAUGUGUUUGAGCAGCCACAACCUGGAAAGCAUAAAAAAAUAGAAUUCAACAUACCUUCUGGGAUACCUGCUACCUUUGUAAAAGAUUUAGAGGGAAAACAAAGAAGUGAUUUGUCUGCUCCUGGAGAUACAACCAAUGAAGGAUUUGGAAAGAUCUUUCCAACUCCCAUUCUGAAUGACAAAGAAGAGAUUCAAGAAGACUCAGACGAGAUACUAACAGAAUUUAUCUCUAAAAAAGAUUUGGAAAAAGGCAGAAUUUCUAAGGAAGAAAUGGAAACACUUCCAGUUUUCAAAAGUUAUGAAGCAGGGAAUCCAAAUUGUAGGAUUUAUGUAAAGAACUUAGCAAAGCAAGUUGAAGAAAAUGAUCUUAAGUUUAUUUUUGGAAGAUAUGUUGACUUUUCAUCACAAACAAAACAGAUCAUGUUUGAUAUACGCUUGAUGAAAGAAGGUCGCAUGAAAGGCCAAGCUUUUAUUGGAUUUCCAGAUGAAAAGGCUGCCGCUAAAGCUUUAAAAGAAGUUAAUGGAUAUGUACUUUUUGGAAAACCCAUGGUGGUGCAAUUUGCUCGAUCUGCUAGACCAAAACAAGAUGCCAAAGAUGGAGAACGGAAGAGAUAG